GCGCCACGACGGGGACGCCGCACGGGCCCCCCCCAAGACGCCCCCACCCCCCCCUCCCCGCUGUGGAACGCCCAGCGGCCAGGUAUAUGCAAGCGAAUGGCACAGUAUUUGACUUUGCACUCCUGAAUGUCUCGCACAGUGAAUCUUACAAAGUUGAGAAACAACACAUUUCAGCUGAGAUUAAAGCUGUGGCAUUGAUAUAAAGAAACGUUGCAGAUCCAUCAAGAAGCUGGAGCACGGCCAUGAGCAAGACCAAUAAUGAUUUUGUGAUUCUAAGCAAUGGUAGCGUUCUGUCUAAUGCUACCAGUCCUGGUAUCGUUGCAGCCAGUGAUGGAGACAUUGCAGCCCAACACCUCCCAUCCAAGGAAGCGGCAAGAUCAAAAGUGAGUCCAAAUGGGUGCCUGCAACUGAAUGGUACAAUCAAACCAUCUUUUCUGCCUUUAGACAACCAAAGAACUCAACAGAUGUUGACACAAUGUUGCCACCCUUGCCCAUACCAUCACCCUUUAAGUAGCCAUAAUAAUAGGCAAGAAUGUAAUUCGCUGGCUGGCAGCACAGGACCAUCUGCAAUGACUUCUUGCUGCCUGCAGCCACAUGCUGAGUAUUCAGCAUCUGUUUGCCAAAAACAUACACCCAUGUAUCAGACUGCCUGCUGUCUUCAGCCUUCCCCAUCAUUCUGCCUUCACCAUCAAUGGCCUGACCAUUUUCAGCAUCAGCCUGUACAGCAACAUAUAGCCAGAAUAAGACCAGUCAGACCAUUCAAGUUACCAAAAAGCUAUGCAGCACUGAUAGCUGACUGGCCUGUGGUGGUUUUAGGCAUGUGUACUGUGUUAAUAGUGGUGUGUGCAUUGGUUGGAAUAUUAGUUCCAGAUCUUCCAGACUUUUCUGAUCCAUUGCUGGGUUUUGAACCAAGAGGAACUGCAAUAGGGCAGAGAUUGGUCACAUGGAAUAAUAUGGUGAAAAAUACAGGUUAUAAAGCAACACUGGCAAACUAUCCCUUUAAAUAUGCAGAUGAACAAGCUAAAAGUCAUCGGGAUGACAGAUGGUCAGACGAUCACUAUGAAAGAGAAAAGAGGCAAGCAGACUGGAACUUCCACAAAGACAGCUUUUUCUGCGAUAUUCCAAGUGAUCGCUAUUCACGGGUGGUGUUUACUUCAACAGAAGGAGAAAACUUGUGGAAUUUGCAUGCAAUUAAAUCCAUGUGCAGUGUAGAUAAUAUGAGGAUAAGAUCUCACUCCCAGUUCGGUGAUCUCUGCCAGAGGACCACUGCUGCCUCAUGCUGCCCCAGCUGGACACUGGGCAACUAUAUUGCCAUUCUGAAUAACAGAUCAACAUGUCAAAAAAUUGUAGAACGAGAUGUUUCUCAUACCCUAAAGCUGCUUCGAACAUGUGCCAAAUACUAUUACAAUGGAACCCUGGGGCCAGACUGCUGGGACAUGGCAGCCAGAAGGAAGGACCAACUCAAGUGUACAAACGUGCCUCGUAAAUGUACAAAGUACAAUGCUGUUUACCAGAUCCUCCACUAUCUAGUAGACAAAGAUUUCCUAAACCCAAAGACUGUUGACUAUGUCUUACCAGCUUUAAAGUACAGCAUGCUCUUCUCUCCAACAGAAAAAGGAGAAAGCAUGAUGAACAUUUACCUGGAUAAUUUUGAGAACUGGAACUCUUCUGAUGGUAUAACCACCAUCACAGGGAUUGAGUUUGGAAUAAAACAUAGCUUGUUUCAAGAUUACCUGUUAAUGGAUACUGUGUAUCCUGCCAUAGCCAUUGUAAUUGUGCUCUUAGUCAUGUGUGUAUACACUAAGUCCAUGUUUAUCACGCUGAUGACCAUGUUUGCAAUAAUUAGCUCCUUGAUCGUUUCCUACUUUCUGUAUCGGGUAGUAUUUAAUUUUGAGUUUUUCCCUUUUAUGAAUCUCACUGCAUUAAUUAUUCUUGUUGGAAUUGGAGCAGAUGAUGCCUUUGUCCUCUGUGAUGUUUGGAACUACACAAAAUUUGAUAAAUCUCAGACUACAACUUCUGAGACAGUGAGUAUCACCUUGCAACAUGCUGCUCUUUCCAUGUUUGUCACUAGUUUUACCACCGCUGCUGCCUUCUAUGCUAAUUAUGUCAGCAAUAUCACAGCAAUCAGAUGUUUUGGUGUUUAUGCUGGCACUGCCAUAUUGGUGAAUUAUGUUUUAAUGGUAACAUGGCUACCUGCAGUAGUUGUGUUGCAUGAACGGUAUCUUCUCAAUAUAUUUAGUUGCUUCAAAAAACCUCAACAGAGGGUAUACAGCACCAAAAACUGCUGGACAGUAUUGUGCCAAAUGGUCCACAAAAUAAUUUUUGCAGUCUCAGAAGCAUCUAGGAUAUUUUUUGAAAAAGUAUUGCCAUGCAUUGUUAUUAAGUUUCGAUAUAUUUGGUUGUUCUGGUUCCUCGCCUUAACUAUAGGUGGAGCAUAUAUUGUGUGUGUGAACCCAAAGAUGAAAUUGCCAUCCUUGGAGCUCUCCGAGUUUCAAGUGUUUAGGUCUUCUCACCCUUUUGAACGCUAUGAUGCUGAGUACAAAAAGCUUUUUAUGUUUGAGCGUGUCCACCAUGGAGAGGAGCUCCACAUGCCAAUUACAGUAAUCUGGGGUGUUUUUCCAGAAGAUAAUGGGGACCCUCUAAAUCCUAAAAGUAAAGGAAAGCUGAAACUAGACAGCAGUUUUAAUAUUGCAAGCCCAGCUUCACAGGUCUGGAUUUUACAUUUCUGCCAGAAGUUAAGAAAUCAAACAUUCUAUUACCAAACUGAAGAACAAGACUUCACAAGCUGCUUUAUUGAGACAUUUAAGCAAUGGAUGGAAAAUCAGGACUGUGACGAGCCAGCUCUUUAUCCCUGCUGCAGCCAUUGGAGCUUUCCAUACAAGCAGGAAGUCUUUGAAUUAUGCAUCAAGAGGGCCAUCAUGGAGUUAGAAAGAAGCACUGGGUACCAUCUAGACAGCAAAACCCCAGGGCCUCGAUUUGACAUAAAUGACACCAUCAGGGCAGUGGUAUUGGAGUUCCAAAGCACCUACCUCUUCACACUGGCUUAUGAGAAAAUGCAUCAGUUCUACAAAGAGGUAGAUUCAUGGAUUUCAAAUGAGCUUGGUUCUGCUCCUGAGGGCCUAGGCAAUGGUUGGUUUGUGAGUAAUUUAGAAUUCUAUGAUCUUCAGGACAGUCUUUCUGAUGGUACGCUGAUUGCCAUGGGUCUUUCAGUUGCUGUUGCGUUUAGUGUAAUGCUACUUACAACUUGGAAUAUAAUUAUAAGCCUUUAUGCAAUAGUGUCAAUAGCUGGAACUAUAUUUGUCACUGUUGGUUCUCUGGUUCUUCUUGGAUGGGAGCUAAAUGUGUUAGAAUCUGUCACUAUUUCUGUAGCUGUUGGCUUGUCUGUUGACUUUGCUGUUCACUAUGGAGUUGCUUACCGCUUAGCUCCUGAUCCUGACCGGGAAGGAAAAGUCAUCUUCUCUCUUAGCCGCAUGGGUUCUGCAAUUGCAAUGGCUGCUUUAACAACAUUUGUAGCUGGAGCAAUGAUGAUGCCCUCUACAGUCUUGGCAUAUACCCAGCUCGGCACUUUCAUGAUGCUGAUCAUGUGCAUUAGUUGGGCUUUUGCAACCUUCUUUUUCCAAUGCAUGUGCCGUUGUCUUGGCCCCCAAGGCACUUGUGGUCAGAUUCCUCUACCAAAAAAAUUGCAGUGCAGUGCAUUCUCACAAGCUUUUUCAGGAAGCCAAGGAGACAGGGGACAAAAGAAAUUGCAUUCUGCCAGCAAAUAUCAGCUGGACUCCUCCAGAGGUCAAAAACCAGAAAUGGAGCAUGAGCAUUAUGAGUUAGAGCCUCUGGCAUCACAUACCAGUAACUGUAAUGCACCAGAGAAAGUAACCUAUGAAGAAACCCAUUUGUGCUCAGAGCACUUCAAUGGCAGACCCCAAAACAUAUGCAUGCCUGCACAUUCAGCAUAUAAUAGUGAACUGAUUAAAAGCAUCAAAAACAAAGCUGGCUCAACCAUGUUACAGUCCUCUGCCGACCAGCAUACCUCACGCCCACUCUUCUCACAGAAUAAACAGUGUAGCUGUCCAGAUGCAUAUAAGCCUAUAGAUGUGAAAUGGAGUCCACAUUCAUGUCAACAGUUAAGUGAGACUUUGUGCUACCAUUGUGUCCCUUCAUCUGGAAAUUUUGUACCGAUCCAAAACUCCGUGGCUCCCCUAAAUGCUUUGCAGCAAGCUGCUGAAGGCUGUGUGCACCCUGUCCAACGUGUCCUCCACUGCAGUUGCCUUCAAGGGAGACUGAAAAGACCUGUUACGCAGAAUUCACUGCCUAGAAAUUUUUUUCUCCAUUCAGUACAACAGUUUCAGACACAUGAAAGGAUAAAUAGGACAGAUGUACAUAGUCUUCAGACCACGGAGGAGAAUGUUAAAACUCUCCCAAAGGCAACAAGCUCUCCACCCUAUCUCUGUCAAAGUGCUGGUCCUCAUUCUGAAUCUGAAGAUAAUGUAUCAAAAAACCAACAGGGAUUCUUUACAAACAGAGACACACGUGAUAACAGGAAUACAGAAGUAAAUGGGAAUGAGAACAAGAGAACUUGUAUAUCAAAGCAGGAUAAGAAAACUGAACUUAAGAUAGAUCAGAGUUCAUUGCAGAAUGAUCAGUUUUUGAAGGUUGACCAAAAUGAUCAGAAACACCUGCUGAACAGUUCAGAGGGAGAGGCUGGCUGUAACUAUUGCCCUGAAAAUUCACACUGUUGUAACAGAACUAUAACAGUGAAGUGCAAUUCUGUUGACUGUCCAAUGCCAAACAUUGAAGCCAAUGUGCCUGCUCUAUUAACACGCCCAGAACUUUCCAAUGAAAGUUUGUUAAUAAAAACACUAUAAGACAUCUUG